AACAUCUGUAAUAAAUGUGACAAGAAGAAUGCGGUUUUCGGUAACAUAUUGUGGCGGUUGGACAAACUUUUGAUUUCUUUUGGCCAAGUACUUUGGGUAUAUAUGUUUGGGUUUCAAAUGUAGCCUUCUAUUUCUAUAUGAUCGCCAAGAAUUCAAGACAAGAUGAAAUGGAGGCCAAAAUGAACAGUGUUGCUUGACUGACAGUGCUUCUACCAGUUCGAGGAUGCAAUGGUCAAACAAAAACGAAGUGUACUCCCAAUAAGGAGCAGUACUACAAGUACCCAGGGCUAUUUUGGACUGGGUCGUAAAACCCCCACAGUCACACAUACAAAAGGGCAGGGAAAAGAAAAAUUAGUCCCAGAAGCAUGGACAUUACUUUACUUGAUAACCAUUUCAAGAAGAAGGGUUCCUCCAUAAUCUCUCUCAUAUUUCAUCAUUCCUACUCGGAAUUUCCUCGGUCGUUAGGUUUUGGUUGUAGAUUUUGUAGAUGGCAAGCCGGGUUACUCGCUCAAGGAGACAACAGCAACCAUCUCAACAGCAGGAACAGCAUCCGAGAGCUCGAUGGACGACGUUCCUCACUAAGACACUUGCUGACCUGUUGGUUGAACAGGUUCACGGAGGGAACAGGCACAACAAUUCUUUCAACAAGAGAGCUUGGAAGUCCAUGUGUGAUGAGUUCUAUGAGAAAACUAGUUUGAAAUGGGACAAGGAGCAAUUAAAGAACCGAUAUGGGGUUUUGAGGAGGCAGUAUGUUCUCGUUAAAUCACUUCUUGAUCGAAGCGAGUUCAGUUGGAAUGAAUCUACUGGGGUUAUAAUAGGUACAGAUGAAGCCUGGUUUGAUUUUACCAAGGGUCAUCCAGAUGCUGAAACCAUAAAAGCCAGCGGCUGCUCAAUUUACAAACAGCUUUGUACUAUUUUCUCAGAGCCAAUGACCAAUUGGAAGCAUGACUACUCUGCUGAACUUCGUGGACAAGUUCCUUCCUCACUUCCUUCUUUGGAACCAUUGAGCAGAAUUCAAGAAGAGUCCUCGUCCUCGUCUGAGGAAGUAGAGGAUGUGGCAGAUGAUCCAGAUGCAGUUCAACCUUCUGCUUCUGUUUUGAUUAGUAGUCACAAAAGGGGACGCAGGGGAAUUGAUGAUGCUAUUGCUGCUGCAAUAUUGGAGAUGGCAGCAACUUCGAAGCUGAGAACAGCCGCUGUAACACAACGUAAUGCCAGAUAUAGUAUACUUCGUUGUAUAAAAGAAUUGGAUGAGAUUGAAGGCCUUGAAGAGCGAGUCUACUUUGCUGCUCUGGAGUUAUUCAACAAUCCUAAUGCUAGAGAAAUAUUCUUGUCUCUCAAAGGAGAUAAGCGCUUGACUUGGUUGCACUGCAAGUGCGUUGCUCCAUCCAAUGCACUAGAGUGAUAGAAGGCAACAUCUUAUUGUUUAUUAGAUUAGACAAACCCAUUCUUAUAUUGGCAACCAGUUAGAAACUCAAAUGUAUGACUUUUUCAAUCAUCAAGCUCUUUUAAGCUUUGGCACUGACACCCAGAACUUUUAGCAGAAAAUGUAUUUGAAUGUGCUUGGUUAAUGAAAAUUGAGGCAUAGAUUUGAUCACCGUUGUUUGCUUUUCUGAAACAGGAUCCUUUAUUCAGGCAUGGAGAAAGGGCCAUUAUGUGUUUUCGGACUGUGUCUUAACAAAUUUCCAUUGCCAUUGCCUGUGAAUCUCAGAUGUUGGCUCAUUAGAAGGGAUCUACUUUUAGUUGCUGAUCCAUGCGUGUGAACCUGCUGGAUCUCAUACAAGCUUCACCAUAUUACAAAUCAAUCUGCAUAACAAGCAAAAUUAUACCUUUAAACUACAUAGUUAUAUCUCCAAACCUCAGUUAUGGUAAAGAAAGUUGCGCAGAAAAAACGAUAUCAAUUGUGUUGUAACGUUCUUUAUGUUGCCACUGAAACAGCAUUACCUGCGUUAUCCUUUGUUUUAUGAAUGUUAUUUAAAUCAAAUAGAAA